GAAGAGUUGCCAUUACUGAAGAUUCUUAAUGCCAGAUAAUCAACCUACUGCCGAAUAGCCAUGAAAGAGACGAGGUAGCUGCCCAAGCGUGAGAUAAAAACUGCUUUCAAUGGAUUCAAAAUACAAAGACGAUUUAUUUAGGAAGUAUGUACAGUUCCAUGAAUGCAAACUGAGUGCCUCUGACAACAAGCAGCGUCCUAUUAAUGAUGAAUAUUUGCGAGUGGCAGCCGCAGCCUUUCUUUGCCUUCCCAAAAUUGAUCCCUUUUAUAGAUUCCGGUUGAUAAAGUUCUACGAGAUGGCUGAAAACUCACUGAGGUCUGUGAAAUCCUCAAGUUUACAUUCUCUACAUAACGCAUUCAGCAUGCUCGAGACAGUUGGGAUUAAUCUCUUCCUUUAUCCCUGGAAAAAGGAGUUCAAAAAUAUUAAGACCUACACUGGACCCUUUGUUUAUUAUGUAAAGUCUGCUCUAACUGAAGAUGAUGUAAGGCAAAUCUUGAACUACAUGGGCUAUGUUCAAGAACUGGGAACAAUGUAUAAGCUCAAAGAGCAGGUUGAUGCCAUUCAAGUGAAAAUGGUUUCAUUUGAACUCUUUUUGGCCAAAGUGGAAUGUGAGCAGCUUGUUGAAAUACACUUGCAAGUGAAGGAUAAAGGUUAUUCAGAGGUUGAUGUCAUAAAUGAACGAAAAAAUAGCACUGAAGAUGUUAGAGGCUGCUCAGAAGCCAUGAAACGGCGGGUAGAGUGCAAAGAGAACUUGAACACUUCCAUGGCACGAAUGGUACUCCAGAAAUCAGCAAGUGAACGGGCUUCUAAAGAUUAUUUCAAGCCAAAGGUGAGCAAGCCUUCUAAAUCAGUGGACACAUAUGAUAAUUAUUGGGAAAGUAAGAAACCACCUUUGAUGAGCUCACUGAGUCUCAGGAAAGAACCAUUUUUAGUUGAUGCAGAAGAUGAUAUUAAAGAUGAGAUUAUCCGUCCAUCACCCUCUCUUCUGACAGUGUCAAGCUCCCCACAUGGGUGUUCAGAUGAAUUCUUGCCAACUUCUUCUCAUCACAAUGGCAUGCUAAGAACAAAUGUCCCUUACAGCUCCUAUUUUUCUGCUCAAGAGGACUUAGAUUUAUAUACUGAUUCCGAUUCUAGAAGUAUGUUAAACUUUAAAAGACAAGAAGCUAUUAAGCCUGAUGUAUGGCUGUUAAAGAAUGAUGCCAACCCUGUUUACCACAAACGCACCCACCUAGCCAAAGAGACAGCUUCCCUCAAGUGCCAAAACUGUGGCGUACCUUGUGGCACUUCUGUUUGCCAAAAGUGUGACAAUCUGUACAACUCUAGGCAGGAAUACCCAGCAGUGAAACAGAGCGCCUAUUCAAUCAAACCACUUCCAAACGAUGGCUUGCCUCCUGCGUCUUUAAGGGAGAAAUCUCAGUACACAUCACAGACUCAGAGUCAAGAGAGAGCUGCUCAGUUCAGUUCAAAAUCCAAAUCUUCAGGCACCUCCCGCUGCGGCUUUUGUAACCGGUCCGGAGCUGCAAACACUUGCACGUUUUGCUCAAAGGUCUCAUGUGACACUUGCCUCAAUGCUUACUAUUAUGAUCCCUGCUGCAGAAAAAGCGAGCUUCACAGAUUCAUGCCUAACAAUCAGUUAAACUAUAAAUCGUCCCAGCUGUCCCAUGUAGUUUAUAGAUAGACUCGAUUAGUCUGUUUUGGAGGGGAAGGAAAGGGGGAGGGGAAAGGGCUAUCUUAACUAAUGUUCUGACUCCACUGAUAAGAAAAUAACACUGACCUCUUACCAAAAGAACACAUCCAAAUGUUUGGAACCAUGGUUCAGUGAUCAGGUGCCAGUUCUUGAUUUUUGUGGCUUCACAGAUGCUGCAGACACAUUCGAUUUCAUGCUGCUAUAAUUUAGGUAACUCCUGAAUGAUCAUUACCUUUGAGUUUAAGGGGGAGAAGAGCACAUUUUUUUUUCUUUAAAACUUGGCAGCUGUUGUAUGUCAGAAAAGUGACAUCUCACCUUUCUCUUACAUUGCAGUCAUCUCCUUGCCCAAAUAAAACCAUGCAAGGCUUGAAAGUAAAGUCUGGAAAUUUAAGGUUUUCCUUUUCUAUGAGUGAUGAAACCACUGCUGGUUUUUGGUUAAAGUAUGACUCCCAAAUGUGCAAGAGAGAUGUGAAUGGCUUGUUUUGCCAUCAAGCAUGUCUGCAUUUCUAAAUCUCCAAAAUGCAAACACGAACAGCAUCUCUUCCUUUUGUCUUUACGUUUCUUCCUUCUCCCCUUAUUUCCCUAUUGUUUAUCUCAAGGUUAUAGAAUCUGAAUCUGGACAAUUUGUGCUUUAUUUUCUGGUGUUGCCAAUUUCAUCCUACUGGGUUUUACCAUAUGGUAGUUCAAAAAGGUGAACCUGUAGUUACGUUACUUAAAUUAUGCCUGGAGUGUUGUCCUUUCAGAUGAGUACUGAUUUUUCUUUACUUUCCGUUGCACAUGUAUUAAGUACUGUUCUUUGUACUGUAAAUAGGUAUUUGGAAACAGUUUAUUUUUAAUAAAUAUUUAAUAUGUUGA